AUGAACGGCGAUGCCCUGUGCCAGGAGCCCUCCUCCCCGCUCCCCGACUGGAGGGAGUUCUGCGAGCUGCACGCCCAGGCGGCCGCUGUCGACUUCGCCCAGAAGUUCUGCCAGUUUCUGAAGGAGAACCCCCACUACGACACCCCUGGGGCAGAGACCUCCUUCUCCCACCAUUUCGCUGCCAACUUCUUGGACAUCUUCAGCCUGGAGGUCAGCCGGGUCUUCGUGUCUGACUCACCCACCAAGUACAAUAUCGUGCCCUUCGUGGGGCUGCAGAACUGCCACGUCCCCUACGGCCGUGAAGUCACCCCAAGGAAGGAGGAGACGUCCACCGAAUCUCUGGACAGCAUGGAUGCCCCGUUGGGUGCUGGACGGUAUCUGAGCCCAGCGCAGCAGGCGCAGGCACGCAAGGUGUCCUCCUACGGCCAGUCCCGCAGCUCAGAGGACGUCUCCAUCCAUGCCACCACCAAGCCCAAGUUCAAGAAAGGCUUCUCCUUGAGGAACAUGAGCUUGUGCGUGGUGGACGGCAUGAAGGAGAUGUGGCAUCGCAAGUCCUCUCCGGAGCCAGGUGCCGAGGCUGCCCCGGGUGGCCGGAGAGCCGAGAGGGAGCCGUGGCCGGCUGGGGGCAAGGAGCCCGGCGACCCACGGGAGAAAUGGACCCACAAGCUGCGCCUGUCCAAGGUGCCCUCCUCCAAGGUGGAGCUGGUGGACAUCCAGAGGGAGGGGACGCUGCGCUACAUGGUGGCCGACGACACGAACUGUGUGGGGAGCUCGCAGUGGCAGAAGUGCCGCCUCCUGCUCCGGAAAGCGGUGAAGGUAGAAGGAGAGAGGUUCCUCCUCGAGUUUUAUGUCCCUCCAAAGGCUUCCAAGCCCAAGGUGAGCAUCCCACUGUCGGCCAUCAUCGAGGUCCGCACCACCAUGCCCUUGGAGAUGCCCGACAAAGACAACACCUUUGUUCUGAAGGUGGAGAACGGGGCCGAGUACAUCCUGGAGACCAUCGACUCCCUGCAGAAGCACUCCUGGGUGGCGGACAUCCAGGACUGCAUCGACCCCGGGGACAGCGGGGACGACAUUGAGCUGGUGUCCUGCAUGCAGGGAGCCUGUCUGCCGGGCAGGGUGUCCUGCAGCUGCGAGUUCCUGGCUGAUGAUGUGCCCAGGCCACUGGACAGAUGUCCCCUGCCCGGCGCUCACAACACCACCACCGCCGUCCCCACGCCCCAUGGCCGGGGCAGGGACUGCGUGGGGGAGCUCCUCACCCAUGUCCCACUGGAGAGCUUCCUGCAGACGCUGGAGUCCUCCCCCACCACCAGCGGCCGUCUUGCAGGGGACGACAGUGAGGUGGAGGCGGAGAUCAACCUCUCUGAUUUCCCCUGGUUCCACGGGACGCUCUCGCGGAUCAAGGCGGCUCAGCUGGUGCUCUUCGGGGGUGCCCGCAGCCAUGGCUUGUUCGUAAUCCGGCAGAGCGAAACACGGCCAGGGGAGUACGUGCUGACCUUCAACUUCCAGGGGAAAGCAAAGCACCUCCGCCUGUCACUGAACGAGAGCGGGCAAUGCCACGUGCAGCACCUCUGGUUCCAGACCAUCUUCGACAUGCUGCGCCACUUCCACACGCACCCCAUCCCCCUCGAGUCGGGUGGCGCGGCUGACAUCACCCUCCGCAGCUAUGUGGUGGCCCAGAGCCCGCUGCCUG